AUGCGUUAUUUCGCCGUUUUAGCGAGCCUUUUUUGCCUGCUCUCGGUGGCCUUUGCCGCCUGGGGCCAUACCGACGAUGGGAGCAACUAUGUCAUUGACACCAACGCCAAUCUGGUGGUCAAAGUCAGCAAGGAAAAUGGAGACAUGACGUCCAUCGUGUACCGUGGUGUUGAAUACAAUGGGCAAAACGGCAAGAACUCGCAAGUCGAGAAUGGUCUUCCUGGGGCUACGGUUUCGAUCAAGAACGAAGGAAGCAACGUCAUCAAGGUCACGGCGGAAUUGGGCACCUUGACGCAUUCCCUCGUCUUUCGAAACGGCAACCCAAACGUCUACAUCUUUAUAAAUAAGGUGGAUCUUAGCAUACCAGCAUCACGAUACACCGUGCGUAUACCGCCGGGGAUAUUCAAGCGCGAUGGGCAGGCCGAUUGGGCGCCCGAGAUAGCUGUUGCAGGAGAAUGGGGUGAUAUCGAAUCAUACAGCGGCCUCACUUGGUCCAAGCACUACACUGGAAGAAAUUACGGUCGCACCAUGGACUACGACUAUAUUGGAUACCAGAAUGCGAAUGUAGGCAUGUAUCUGAUCAGGUCUAAUCGCGAGAAGUCAUCUGGCGGACCAUUCUUCAGGAGCAUGUUACGACGUGGCGGUCCGGACGGAAACGAUCUUUACGAAAUCUUUUCCACUACUCAAGGACACACUGAAAUUUUGCGUCUCGGUCUCCAUGGACCUUCCGUCCUAGCCUUUACAGACAACGGUGCUCCGCCCAACAAGUAUCUGUUCGCUCGCAAUGCAGAGUUGGGUUGGGUCGACUCGAUCAAUAUCAAGGGUUGGGUACCUGCCAGUAGACGCGGCAGUAUAUACAGUGGAGGUGUCGACAAUAAGAAAAGCGAGUACAAGUAUACCAUCGGCUUGAAAAACAAACAGGCACAGUAUUGGGCAGAUGGGAACAAUGGUAUCUGGCGAAUAAACGGUGUACUUCCUGGUACGUACGUGCUGACUGCAUAUAAAAAUGAACUCGAGGUCGCGGUUUCAACUGUCAUCGUUUACCCCGGCGAAACCGCUACACCAAAGAUGCUUGUACCCGUUGAUCCUUCUGAUGAGAACCCUCUUUGGCGCAUCGGAGACUGGGACGGUACACCCCAAGGCCUUCUAAACUUCGAAGACACCCCAAUGAAGCCCACCUACAUGCAUCCCUCCGACUAUCGUCGUCUGCACAAAUGGGACCAAGGCAUCUACAGGGUCGGCAUCUCCAACUCCUCCCUGUUCCCAGGUUACCUGUGGAGGGACAUCAACGACGAUCGUAGAAUAAUCUUUCUGAUGGAGGAGAAGCAAAGACUCCACGGAAUGACAAUCAGAUUAGGAGUUACGCAAGGACAAGCAGGCGGACGACCGCAGGUUUCCUUGAAUGGAAAAAUCUGUCCCUUGAACAACGUCAGACCCCAAAGCCGCAAUCGUACUCUUACUAUCGGCAACUACCGUGGGAAUAACCACAUGUACGAGUUCGAAAUCCUGGCUUCACAGUACACCGCGGACUUUGUGCAGGAGAUGAGGAUUGAGGUUGUUUCCGACGAUCCUGUUAUAAUAGAUGAGAAUGGGGCUCGGCACAAGGGUCAUGGGUACUUGAGUCCUGGUUUCAGCAUCGAUUGUAUAGAUGCAAUUCUAUCCCUUCUCUAUUCUUGA